GCGAUCAGCUGUUCCUCGCGAAGCUGCUCUGUGCAGCCCAAAACUCGCGCAUUCCUCUCGAAACUCCCGGCUCUGAGCUGCUCUGAAGCGCACUCAAUGCGGCAGGGACAGUGAUAUCAGAUCACAAUGUCCGGGCCGUUCUGUUUGCAAAGGCUGCGCCAGCUCGUCCAGCGUCAGGUUCAGGAGAAAACAUUCAACUCUACCAUGAGCAAACUCGAGUUGAUUUCUGCGAGCGAGGGUAAAUGCGUUGCAGAACUGACCCUAGAAAAGUCGCAUCUGAACCUCGCUGGGACAAUGCACGGCGGUGUUUCGGCCACUCUUAUCGAUAACGUCUCAACGUACGCCUUGUUGACAGUUACCGAUAGCAGGAGUGCGAGCGUGGAUUUGAACGUGUCGUUCCUGGGCCCUGCCAAAGAAGGUGACGUGGUACGGAUCGAAGCAUCAACCCUGAGGGCCGGGCAGACGCUCGCGUACCUCACCGUAGAUAUCCGGAAAGGAGAGAGACUACUAGCCACGGGUCGACACACGAAAUAUCUCCAGAAAAACGUUGACUACUUUGGGAAUACGAAAUGAUUCACAGUUAUCUGAAUCUAUAUCGAAUAUUUAUACGGAGCCGAAGAGUCGGGAAUAUUUCGAAUAAAACGAAUGUUUCACUCCUAAAAA